AUGAUACAACUGGGUGAUUUUGAAUACGAUCCUCGAAACCAUUUGGGUCGCGGACAAUUCGGUUCGGUUUACCGUGGAAAUUUUAUUGUGGCACUCAGACAUCCAAACAUUGUGAAACUAUACGCAUACUACAUUGAUGAAAAACGCACCGGUAUCUACUUGAUUAUGGAAAUGUGCAACGGUGGAGAUUUGUCUAAAUAUCUUGCAGCGAAACGUCCACUGUCGUUGAACUCAAUUCGGAUUAUUUUGGGUCAAGUGGCACGUGCCAUGAAUGAAAUGUUCAUCUUGAAGGUUAUUCAUCGUGAUCUGAAGCCAGCCAAUAUUCUACUUAGUCAUUGCAAGAACUGCGGAAAACAGGCCAUCGAUUUGCCAAUAGAGGAGAUUACAUUCAAAAUAGGUGACUUCGGAUUGGCUCGUGAGCUUAAACGCAACGAAAUGGCAGCGACUGUUUGUGGAUCUCCAGUCUACAUGGCUCCCGAAGUACAUUUGAUGAAGCCAUACGACAGUAAAGCAGACGUAUGGAGCCUCGGGGCAAUUAUCUACGAAUGCUUGACAGGAAAGGUUCCAUACAAUGCGGAGAGUUUGAUGGCUAUGAUCGAGAUGUUCAAAAACCAUCCUGGACGUAAACCCAUGAUUCCCAGUGGCACCGAUCCUGCACUAAGCAAUUUGAUCAUCAGCAUGCUUGCAUUCAAUCCAGAAGACCGUCCUGAUUUCGGUGAAGAAGAAGCUGCCGUUGUUCCUCAGCCACGCCGCGAAAAGAUCAAACAUUCUGCCUCAGUUGACGUGGUGCAAAAAGUGGUACAACGUUCGCGGAACGAAGCACAAGAUGCGCGUGUUUAUCGGGAUAUGAAUCGAAUGCAAGUUUCAGAUGUCGGAUUCGCAACUGAUCCCCACCCAGGGGUUCCUGUCCGUAUGCGAUCAAGCAGUCUUGGACGCUACAAAGCGAAGCCUCAAGGGCAAUGGCAACACAUCAUUGUGACAUCACCCAACUCAGUAGAACGAAAACAAAAAGGCGUUUGGCACUCGAAAGAUGACGCCUUUGACGUUCGUAUGCAUCGUGAACCGAAGGGAAUGCAGGUGUCCGAUAUCGGUUUUCGGGACCUCGUCCAACCCGGACCACCUCCUCGACGUUUACCGCGGCAAUGGAAAGAUGCAGCCAUUGUGCCACUAGCCAAAUGUGAAGACCAGUGUAACUCUGGAAACUACCGACCAGUCAGCCUUAAUGGUGUUUUGGGUAAACUAGCAGAACGACUGGUGGCUGUGUAA